AGAAAAAAAAGAAAGGAGAAAUCCACUGACGUCAAGUGGGGUAGAAAGAGAUCACAAUGGCAGAUUGUCCUGAGUAACACAAAGACUAAAAGAGAUAUCAAUUAUACUGUGUUGCUAUGCAGCAGAUUUUAUUAUGCAAGGAUGGGAAGGGAAAGCCACGUUCGUUUUCUUGGUGUGUGUGGGUAUUGUUCUGUACCCCAUGGCAGAAUUAGACACACUGCCAGAGAACAAGUACACAAAGUUGUUAGGGAAACUGAGUGCUUGCACACAGAUAUUCACAGAGAACUUUCAGGACUAUCUUACUCAGCCAAAUCAAUUCCAUUUGCCUUGUCAUAUACCAGUGCACCCUAGUGAGGGCUGUGUUCUUAGGGGUUCUUUGAUCAGCUGUCCUCGAGUAAAUACAAAUUUCAGACUCAGGGGAUGAUGAUUACUUCGCAGAAGUGUGACUUACAUGUAGGAUCUUUGCAUUACAAGUCAGAAGCUUGCUCUCAUUUGCCUCAACCGUUGUCUGGUGUCCUGGUUUCUGUAAUCUGAGAACAAGAUGGCUGGUGUGACUGUCUUCAGUCAAAUGAGAGAAACAUUUCCUCCAACAGAGCCACAGUCCAUGUUGUCCCAUGCUGAGAUACUGUGGCUGUGUCCCUCUACGUGCUUCCAAUCACCAUGGAGAGUAGACAGUGACAGCCGCCGCUGGCCAUCGGUUUUUGUCUUUAAUUGGGAAUUGGAAAAUUUUCCAGCUAUCUCUGAAAAGAGGAUUUUUUGUUUGGUUUUGUUUGUCUUGUUUCUGAGAAGGGAAUUGCAUGAUGAGGAUUUUUGUGGCUUUUGAAGGGUCUUUUGAGGCAUUUGAUGUUUCAGCACAUGACUCUGCAAGCCAUCAAACAGAUGGUAAAGGCAUGUCACUGCUCUUUAAGGAUCAUUUCCACAGUCCUCUUUCUGAAGACCAGCAAGGCAGGUGGUAGCUAGAGUUGAAGUAUGCUGGAGCUGCCCUCAGGAACAGUUGGAGUCUGCUGUCGGAUGUCGGAAUAUCUUACUGCUCAACUCUCAAAUGCUUCAGUAAGAAAGAAGACAAGCCAGCCUUCUAUGUGUUUAAUGCUGUGACCCAGGACAUGAUGCCAAUAAAGGAGAAUGUGUCUAUUCUGGGUAAAAAGGUGUCUGACCUGAGAAUGCUGGGAACUCUGAGAUGUGGCUCUCCCGUGAGUGUCUACUGUCUCUGGACACCAACUGGACUGAAGAUGUAUGACUGCAACAGCCUCAAGGACUACCAGGUUGAUAUUGAUGCAACACUUUGUUUGGAUGUCUGGGAUGGAUGGAAGGAAUUGCUCAUAAGGUUUCUUGGGCAAACACCUAAAGUCCAAUGAUACUUAUCAAAAGAAGGACCAGUACUCCAGUACCAGAAGAGGGUAGCCCUGUACAUCGCUGCUUUUCAUGGACACACUGAACUCACUGAAUGGGAUCUGAAGCAGGGGGUGCAGCCCCACGAGGCGGUUGGUGUCCACCCUUAUCCAGCCUGGUGCCACGAAGCCCUUCACACAGAUGUCUGUCAUUGCCCUAUUCACACAGCUGCAGAAGCUGGCCAGCUGUUAAUUCUGAAGGCCUUUGUCAUCUGCAGCGUCCUGUGCCUGGAAUGUAAAAACGCAGCGGGGCAGACUCCACUAGCCAUUGCAGCAAAACGCUAGGAUAAAGACCGUGUGCUAUAUUUACUGGGUAAAAUGCGGUCCACGGUUUCUUUUCUAAAACUUUCAGUCCCGAUGAGGAUUUAUAUUAAAAUAAAGCAGUGGAUCCUCAGAGCUCAGAGUCGUAGGUGCCAUCGAAGCCAACUUGGCAGAGGAAGGGUCUCUGGGGCAAAGGUUGGAGACACUGUGGUGGUGGGUGGUUUCACUAAGCCAAGAAUGACAUCCAAGAACUGCCACAAGGCUGGGGACAGGAGCUGGCAAAGCACUGGGAGCCGACUGGCACCUUGCAAGCAACAGACCGGCAGGAAACCUGUCGAUUCUUUAGUACUUUCACAAAGGGACACCAGCAAAGAAAUCACAUUCCCACCCUCAGUAACUACAAACAAGUGCUCAGAGCUACAAAGUCAUCAACGAGAAAACCAGAAAAAUACAACUGCUCCGGCAGGGAGGAAAGGAAAGCACAUAAUAAAAAAUGCCUGUCUUCCCCAGGUCCCGCUCCCUCCAGUUUCAUGAGUGGAGUAUUCACACCCACUGGUCCACCUGCGCUCCACCCUGUGCUGACUGUCACUAAGGUCCUGCUUCACACCUUCCUCAGAGCACAGUGGGAGGACUCCAGGGGAGACUGCCAUCUGCUGCUGAGCUGAGGCAAGGCAAUCCUUUAAAGAGAAGCGAUGACUACAGCAGUUAGGAAUAGCAAGAGUCCUGGCCAAAAAGAACAUUUCUAAUCUGACUAUCCAAGGAGGUCCAGCAAAGUGUGAAAACCUUCCAGAAAUUAUGCUUUGA